GGAUGUUGGUGUUAGUAUUAGGAGAUCUGCACAUCCCCCACCGAUGCAACAGUCUGCCAGCUAAAUUCAAAAAACUGCUGGUACCUGGAAAAAUUCAGCACAUUCUCUGCACUGGAAACCUUUGUACCAAAGAAAGUUAUGACUAUCUGAAGACUCUAGCUGGAGAUGUUCACAUUGUUAGAGGAGACUUUGAUGAGAAUCUGAAUUAUUCAGAACAGAUAGUGGUGACUGUUGGGCAGUUCAAAAUUGGUUUGAUCCAUGGACAUCAAGUAAUUCCGUGGGGCGAUAUGGCCAGCUUAGCAUUGCUACAAAGGCAGUUUGAUGUGGACAUUCUCAUUUCAGGACAUACACACAAAUUUGAGGCCUUUGAACAUGAAAAUAAAUUUUACAUUAAUCCAGGAUCUGCCACUGGAGCAUAUAAUGCUCUGGAAACAAACAUCAUUCCUUCAUUUGUAUUGAUGGAUAUCCAGGCCUCUACAGUUGUCACUUAUGUGUAUCAGCUAAUUGGAGAUGAUGUGAAAGUAGAACGAAUUGAAUAUAAAAAAUCCUAAAACAGGCCUCUUGGUGAUCUUUUUUGUUCCAUUCCCUUGUUCGAAUCAAGUAAUUAAACAUUCAGAAGCCACAGAAUUGGGACAUUUUUAAAGUAUUAUGCAUUAAAAACUAACAUCUUAUUUGGUGAUA